UACUGCUCCGGAACAUACAAUCCUGAUAGAGGGCGGAGUUGUUUAGCUUCAGAGGGGGAGACUUUAGCAAUUACAGCAAAGGUCACUUGGUUGUGCGUCCUGCUGAGAAUAGCAAGAAGCUGCUGUAUUUCAGCAGAAAAUUGGUUGCAUUUUUUUUUUAUUUCGCUGUUUUAGGAUUCCAGUCGUUCCUUUAUCAUCAUGGACCUGGAGAAGCUGCGAAUGACCGGGGCUGGAAAAGCCAUUGCCGUCCUAACUAGUGGGGGAGAUGCUCAAGGGAUGAAUGCAGCUGUCCGAGCUGUAACACGGAUGGGAAUAUUUGUAGGAGCCAAGGUCUAUCUCAUUUAUGAGGGUUACCAGGGGCUGGUGGAUGGGGGUGACAACAUUAAGUUGGCGAACUGGCAGAGUGUUUCCAACAUCAUACAGCUGGGAGGCACUGUCAUUGGCAGUGCCCGCUGCAAAGCAUUCACCACCCGGGAAGGGAGGCUGGCAGCUGCCUUCAACCUGGUGCAGCGUGGUAUCACCAACCUGUGUGUGUGUGGGGGAGACGGCAGCCUCACAGGAGCCAACAUCUUCAGGACCGAGUGGAGCGGGCUGCUGGCAGAUCUGGUGAAAUCUGGUAGGAUCACAGAAGCCAUGGCACAACAGUACAAACACCUGAACAUUGUGGGGUUGGUGGGCUCCAUUGACAAUGACUUCUGCGGAACUGACAUGACCAUUGGGGCCGACUCUGCCCUACACAGGAUCAUGGAGGUCAUUGAUGCCAUCACUACUACAGCGCAGAGUCACCAGCGCACCUUUGUCCUGGAAGUCAUGGGGCGGCACUGCGGGUACCUGGCUCUGGUGUCUGCUUUGGCAUCUGGAGCUGACUGGCUCUUCAUCCCUGAGGCACCUCCAGAAGAAGGCUGGGAGGAUCAUAUGUGUGCCCGACUGGGAGAGAGCCGGAGUAAAGGCUCCAGACUGAACGUUGUGAUCAUCGCUGAGGGGGCCAUUACCAAGACUGGGGAGCCUAUCUCCUCCAACUAUGUUAAGGAUCUGGUGGUACAGAGACUGGGCUAUGACACACGAGUGACAGUCCUGGGACAUGUGCAGCGAGGAGGCACACCCUCAGCCUUUGACAGAGUACUGAGCAGUAAGAUGGGAGUGGAGGCUGUUGUGGCCCUUCUGGAAGCCACUCCAGAGACCCCUGCAUGUGUCAUCGGUCUUUCGGGCAACAUGGCUAUGCGACUACCGCUCAUGGAAUGUGUGCAGAUGACCAAGGAGGUGCAAAAAGCAAUGAAUGAACAGAGGUUUGAGGAGACCAUCCAGCUGCGUGGGAAGAGUUUUGAGAAUAACUGGAACACCUACAAGCUACUGGCACAUCAAAAACCUGCACAGUCCAAGAGUAACUUCACCAUGGCCAUCCUGAACGUGGGAGCCCCAGCUGCUGGGAUGAAUGCAGCAGUGAGGUCAGCAGUCCGAGUGGGGCUGGCUCAAGGACACAGGAUCUACACAGUCAAUGACGGCUUCGAAGGGCUGGCCAAUGGAGCAGUGACAGAAGUCAACUGGCACGAUGUAGCCGGCUGGACUGGACAGGGAGGCUCUUUGCUGGGAACGAAACGAACUCUUCCUUCUUCCUGCAUGGAAAAGAUAGUGGAAAGUAUUAGUAAAUACAACAUCCAGGCAUUGCUGGUGGUAGGAGGAUUUGAGGCCUACGAAGGGGUUUUGCAGUUGGCUGAGGCACGAGGGCGUUACGAUGAGCUCUGUAUUGUGAUGUGCGUCAUUCCGGCCACCAUCAGCAACAAUGUGCCUGGUACAGACUUCAGCCUGGGCGCCGACACUGCUGUCAAUGCAGCAAUGGAGAGCUGUGACAAGAUCAAGCAGUCAGCCUCCGGUACCAAGAGGCGUGUGUUCAUUGUAGAGACCAUGGGUGGCUACUGUGGCUACUUGGCUACCACCACGGGCAUUGCUGUGGGAGCAGAUGCAUCUUAUAUUUUUGAAGAGCCUUUCAACAUUCAUGACCUUGAGAUAAAUGUGGAGCAUCUCACAGAGAAGAUGAAAAAUGAUAUUCAGAGAGGUCUUGUGUUGAGGAAUGAGAAAUGCCACAAAUUCUACACCACUGAGUUCAUACACAACCUGUAUUCUGCUGAGGGAAAGGGCAUUUUCGACUGCAGGAUGAAUGUUCUGGGCCACCUGCAGCAGGGAGGAUCCCCCACACCCUUUGACAGGAAUUAUGGCACCAAACUAGGAGUGAAGGCAGUACUUUGGAUUACUGAUAAACUUAAGGAAACCUACAGACAAGGCCGUGUAUUUGCCAAUGCUCCAGACACAGCCUGUGUGAUUGGAAUGAUGAGAAAAGUCCUGUCUUUCCGUCCCGUCACAGAGCUGAAGGCUCACACUGACUUUGAACACCGCAUGCCCAAGGAGCAGUGGUGGUUGAACUUGCGUUUGAUGCUGAAGAUGUUGGCCAAGUACCAGACAAGUUUCGAUGAGUAUGUUACUGGGGAGAUCGAGCAUGUGACUCGCAGAACCCUCAGUAUAGAGACAGGUUUCUGAGAAUACUGCCAGACCCCUCCACGUAUGGCCCAAGCCCACUUUUCUUCACUGGACGGCUUGGCUGUACCUUUUUUCCCUUCAGUCCAACAGUGUUGUACAUGUUGUUAGUCUCUAAAUCAUAUAAACCUCAAGAUAACUUAUCUGCCAUCUAUAUCCUGUACUUUGUGAAGAGUACUGUUUAAAUUGUUGUGAAUUAGAAUUUAAAGAUUGAGUUUUGAUCAACCUGCUGAUUACAUGUAAUGUGGUAAUAAUGGAUUAAAUAUAUAAUAUGAACAGGAUAUUUUUGCAUAUUGGCAUUACUAGUUGUAUAGUUUACUUUGAAAUAAUGCUACAGGUUUUAAGCUAAUUCCAAGAACAUAUGAAAGGUAAAGAUUGUCAAUAUAUUUGCACCUCUUUUUUUUAGGGAAACUAUAACAAUGGAGUAGUUAUAACCAUUAAAACAUGGGAAUAUUAUUGUGAAGAGUCUGUAGUGUUAUAAAUUGCCCUUUUUGUGUUUUGAAAAUCAUUAAAUGCCAGUACAGUAUCUAAGGGUUAAAGGGUGCUUACACUCCACUUCUGAGACAACUAGUCAAAUGUAUCUGAUCAGUGAUAAUUGCUUUUUAGUAACAGGAUAGUAAUACAGACAUUUAGAACAUUCUUAGAGUAUAAUUACAAACUUGAACUGGAAUGUUGUUUUAUUAAGACAGAUUUCUGCAAAACCAACUUUAACUGAUUUAAUAACUGUAUAAAUCUGUUUUAGGGUACCUGUUAAUUAUGUUAACUGAUGGCUUGCUUAAAUAUUGCAAUAAAAUUUAAAUACUUAUUAUGAUCAUAGUCAUUAGUACUUUUAAUACUUUCUUUAUAUACAUAUUAUGAAAGAACGUGUUUUAAAAGUUAAUUUAAAUGUGAUGCAGCUGAUGGAAAUGGAUGAAUUCCACCUGUGAUCUCUGUCUUUGGGUCCAAUAAAGAGUCAGGUUAUCAGA